AUGGCGAUUAUCGUCAAGAUCCUGCGGGCCAUUAUCCGCAACGAUGCCAUGCGCACAGAUCCCGAUGAGAUCUACGGCUGGCGCGUCUUCGCCCUCGUCUUCUCCGCCUGCUUCGGUGGCAUGCUCUUUGGUUGGGACACGGGUGCUAUCUCCGGUGUCCUGGCCAUGGCCCCGACCAAGGAAAAGUUUGGCUACAAGGACUGGUCCCCAGAGGCCAUCUCCCUCAUGGAGCAGAACAUUGUCUCGACGCUGCAGGCCGGUUGUUUCGCCGCCUGCCUGGUGACCGGCUGGAUCACUGACGCCUAUGGCCGUCGCUGGAGUCUCAUUGGCUGUGGUGUCCUGACCACCAUUGGCGUCAUCUUCCAGGCCUCCUCGGGCAUCAACGGCACCAUCUCCGUCAUGUACGUCGGUCGCUUCCUCGCUGGUCUCGGCGUCGGUGCCGCCUCGACCCUUGUGCCCCUCUAUGUCUCCGAGUGCGCGCCCCGUGCCAUUCGCGGUGCCUUGACCACUUUCUACCAGCUCUUCAUCGUCACCGGUAUCAUGAUCUCGUACUGGGUCAACUACGGCUGCCUCCUGCACGUCUCCGCGCCCGCCAUCUACAUUGUGCCCCUGGCCCUGCAGUGUCUCCCUGCCGUCUUCCUCGUCGCCGGUAUGCUCGUCUCGCCCGAGUCCCCCCGUUGGUGCGCGCGCAAGGACGACUGGGAGAGCGCCACGCGCAUCACCGCCCGCCUGCGUGGCCUGCCCGCCGACUCCGACUACGUGCGCAACGAGAUCCAGGAUAUGUCCGCCCAGCUCGAGGCGGAGCGCCGCGUGACGGGUGAUGCCUCGGCCAAGACCUUGAUGAAGGAGAUGGUCACCGUGCCCGCCAACCGCAAGCGUGCCAUCAUCACGGUCGUGCUCAUGAUCUGCCAGCAGAUGACUGGUGUCAACGCCAUUAACUACUACGCGCCCCAGAUCUUCAGGAACCUUGGCCUGACCGGCAGCGAAACGGGUCUCUUCGCCACUGGUAUCUACGGCGUCAUCAAGAUGGCCGCGUCCGCAUGUUUCCUGGCCUUUGUUGCCGACUCCCUGGGUCGCCGUAAGAGUCUUCUGUGGACAUCUAUUACCAUGGGACUCGUCAUGUACCUGAUUGGUAUCUACGGUCGCGUCGAGCCUCCUGUCGAGGGUCAGGGCGUGUCCCCGUUCGGCUAUGUCGCCAUCGCCUGUAUCUACCUGUGGGCCGCUCUCUUCCAGUUCGGUUGGGGACCCGUCUGCUGGAUUCUCGUAUCCGAGAUCCCGACCGCCCGUCUCCGUGCCCUCAACGUGUCUCUCGGUGCUGCCACGCAGUGGCUAUUCAACUUUGUGGUCGCGCGCACUGUGCUCACCAUGCAGCAGACCAUGGGCCAGGCUGGCUACGGCAUGUUCUUCCUGUUUGGCACCUUUGACCUGCUCAUGUUCAUUUUUGUCUGGUUCUUCAUCCCCGAGACCAAGGGUCUCAGUCUCGAGGCCAUGGACGAGCUCUUUGGCCAUAUCCACGAGAAGGGCCCCAAGAGCGUCGACGACGAGCCCAACGUGGACCGUGUCGAGACCAUCAACGAGCAGCGCACCAACAAGGUCUGA